UCUAACCAAGCACUGAUGGACUUCAUUGAUAACCACAUUCAGCAUCAUCGUGUGCAGUUAACAGUGACGAAGACUGCUGAGCGUCUUUCACGAGGCACUGAUGGAGAGAUCCUGGACAAGAUCUCAAUAAAACAAACAGCACCAAUGGGCCUGCAUAACUCUCAUCCGAAGCUUUACCCCGGUGAUAUCCUUGAGUUUCCUGGGAACAAGUAUUUUUCUCAUUUUGGAGUUUAUUAUGGUGAACGGGACGGGGUUCCUUAUGUGGCACAUUUGACCUCUAGAGAUUCAGACACAAAACUCUUGCUUUUCGGCCGAGCUUUGAAUUCCUCUGUGAAGUUAGACCCGAUCGAUGUGAUCGGGAAGAAAUACAAGGUCAGGAACUAUUUGGAUGAAAAGCACCCACCACGAGACUUCUACACUCACAUCAAAGCGGAGAUCGACGACGUCAUGACCAAGCCCAUCACCUUUGACAUUCUGUUUAACAACAGUGAACAUCAGGCCACCAUGUUACGAUACGGGGUGAAAAAGUCAGAGCAGAUUGAAAAAGUCUAUUCCAAGAUAGUUCCCACCUGGCGGGAAUUAUUUGAGAAGAAAAAGCUUUAAGAGACAUGGCAUCAGGAUACACGAGAAUUCAAGAUUACACAAAACAUUCAUUCUGAAAUUGAAGAAAUGAAUUCAACAAAGUUGUACAGAUUGCUCUUACUUUUAUGUAUACAAUAAUACAGUAUAUCAUAUAAUCCAAAUAAGUUAAGCCCCACAAUAUCUGUACUGUGAUGUAUUUUGGUGUCUCUGAAUGUACGUCUCAUGUCUGUCUCACAAAUGGCCACAAGGUGACGGUAUAAAGUAAAUGUUUGCUAUAUGGAGUGAAACAGCGCAUCAAAUGUAUCACAUGCAAACCAUCGAAUUUAUCCAUAAUAUAUAUAGUUUAAUGAUGUUAAAUGUAAAUCUAUAUGAGAGGGCUGAAACAAGGAUAUGCGUUGUGUGUUUCUCAAACUAGAGCAUAAAAAAUCAAUGUGUUGCUAUGAAAAAAGGACAAGGUCUGGUUCCAUACAAUUUAAAUAAAUAUAUAUAGUCCACAUUA